AUGGAUGUGGGUCUCUUGGUCCCGCUAGAUGUACCCCAGGGUUGUGGCAAAGCCCUGAGGGGACCGGGACCGAGGGGCCGGGGUACGGCCGUGCGUCGGCAGCGAGAGUUCAUGCCAGAAGAGAAGAAGGAUACGGUUUACUGGGAGAAGCGGAGGAAGAACAACGAAGCGGCCAAGAGAUCCCGGGAGAAGCGACGUCUCCAGGACGCGGCCCUAGAGGGCAGGCUGGACGCCUUGCUCGAGGAGAACGCUCUGCUCAGGGCUGAGCUACGGGCUCUCAAGCACCGCUUUGGCCUCCUGCCCCCCAUUGGUGGUACCUGGACCCUGCCCACUCUGCUGUGGGAGGCCCCCUGGGCUGGAGACCCCCACCCUGGGGCUGAACAGCUCCCCUCUCUACCCGGCUCCCAUGGCUGCCUCUUGAGACCGUGUUCCUUGGACGCUGGGGUUCCAGGAUGCUGGGGCUGCCUGGCGGCUCCCAGGUGGACUGGCCUGGCCACUUCCCCCAGGUCCCCCCAGGACCCUGCACCCCCUACCCCCAAGAGAAUGGACAUGGCCUUGCAGAGCGCUCUUCCAGCUGCCUUCUUCAGCUGUCACCCGCUGGAUAGACAUGAGGGGCCCAGACCAGAGCUCAGGCCCUGCUGUGGGCUGUGGUCACCCAUACCCACUGGUUGCCGGGCCUCGGGGUGCUCAGAUGUGUUGCUGACACCCAGUGUUGAUCCCAUGGGGUUGCCUCCUGGGGUGGCCUGCCAGGUCCCUGGGAAUGAUCCGGAGGAUCUGGCUCAGCCCUCCCUGCCCCACAAAUUGCGUAUCAAGUCCCGAGCCUCAGGCAGAGUACCUCGGGGCUGGGGGUGUGGCUCGGCCCCCAUCUGA